CGAACUAAUUACGACUUAUUCUUGAAGGCGGAAACUCCGAUGACACAAAGAGGUAGAGUCACGAGAAAAUGAUGUAGACGAUAAGAUGGACGACCCCCCAUCACCACUUGUAAAAUUUGGCAGAAAGAAAAAAAAUCGGUAAUAGACGAAAGAAUGGUUAGAGAAAUAAGUAGGGCUGUUAGUCGGUGCGGUUUCGGUUUAACCGAACCGCACCGUCGGUUAGCCGAAACCGAAACACGCUCGUUUUCCUCAACCGAAGCCGACACCGACGCCAUCCUCAGUUAACCGGCAACCGAAACCGUCGGUCUCGGUUUGAUUGGGCGGUUAGCCGAAACCGCCAGAGUUGGCCGGUUUUCGGUUUCGGUCAGAAACCGACCAACAAAACCGAUCCAGAACCCUGCACACAGCACACACACCUGCAGACCUGCUGCAUUUUUUCUGCACACAGCACACACACCUGCUGCAUUUUUUCUAAAAACCUGCAACAUCAACAAUUGCAUACAAUUGUAAACCUGCCAAAACAAAACAUUAUCAUUGAAGGUCUCACUGAUCAGCACAUGCAAAGUUCCUUUGAGGUUUCAAUGAAUGCGUUACGCAGCAGAAAGGUUAAUUGUGAAAGACUAACGUACGUGGUGAACGCGUAAAACCCUUCCCUCAGUGGAGAGAAGGUUAAAACCAUGAGAUUAUUUUUGAUUAUAUAUGUUGCAGCGCUCUUUCAGUGAUCAGAUAUACAAGACAAAAAAACUUGUAAUGAUCCGGAAAAAAGAAUAAGGGUCUUAUUUUAUAACACUACCAAUAACAAAUAUGGAGACCAAUGUUCUGUACACAAAUCCGAAAUCCCUACUAAUGUUCUUGGGGCUGUUGGAGACUUACAUUGGUGAUGGUGAAUCGGUGAUUGAACAUGGCAGAAGACGGCGGGAGAACAGGGCAGACGACGGCGGGAUUCCGGGGCAGAAGACGGCAGCGUCGGCGACGACGACUUCUGUUGGACGACUUCUGUUCGGCGGGAGAACAGGGCAGACGACGCGAAGGUUGGGAGCGGGAGGAGUGAGGACGGCGCUGCCGCUGCGACGGCCGACGAGCUCGACGGGGACGACCGGACGAGGCGACUGGCGGGCGGCGGCGAGGGUAGGGACUAGGGAUUACUGGGGAACGAAAUGGGGAGGACGAGCGGCGGGUGAGGAGACUGGGGAACGAAAUUUAGGUCAGGGAGGAGAGGCCUUCACCGAUUUCGCCAUUUAGGUCAGGGAGGAGAGGCCAAAGCCAAACGACGCUGUAUUGAGGACAGGUAAGUGUGGUCGGUUUUUUGCGGUUACUUUGCACGGUUUCGGUUUUAACCGCUAACCGCUCGAAUUGCCCAACGGCUGAUGUUAGCCAACCGCAACCGACAACCGCAAGCAACAGACGGUUUUCGGUUGGUCAGUAAACCGACGGUUUCGGUUCGGUUUCGGUGGCAACCGAAAAACCGGAGACCGAUUAACAGCCCUAGAAAUAAGUAAUAGAAAGGCAAAGGUAAAAGUGAGUUUAUGAAAAGUGACAAAGACAUAAUUGGAAAGUCUUGCUAAAAUAAUGAGUCAUUUGGCAAUGACUCAUAGAUAGGAGACAUUUGGAAAUGACUCAAUAGAGUCAUUUAAGACUUUCUUAUGAGCCAAAUGACUCGUGAAGUUUUUUGUCAGCAAACGAUUCAUUUGGUACCAAAUGACUCAAUUAAGUCAUUUGGGACCAAAUGACUCAUUCAAAUGACUCUAGCAAACGACCCUUAAGAGUUUCAUAAGCAUAGAAGCAACACACAUAAUUUCAUUGGCCAAUGAGUCGAAUGUCAUUGGUCUAUCUAUACAUUUAACAAUCAAUGGUGUAUAUGUACGGGGAAUUCGAUGGUACUUCUAUGAAUAUGGGAUUAUCGUUAUAUAGACUAUGAAUUAAUAAAAAUUUGGGGCAUGGUAUUAUACCCUGACUCAAAUGACUAAAUCCUAUACUCUAAAUCUGUAAACCCUAAUAUGACACAUAUGGUACCUUGGAUAUAUCUCAAUGAAUCAAAUCAUUGAUUGUUGAAUAUUUUGUAUUGACGUUUAAGGUUUGGAAAAUUAUGAUCUAGGGUACCCUCAUUGAGUUUAAGGUCUAGGAUUCACUUAUUUGAGAAUUAGGAUUUAAGGUCUAGGAUUCACUUAUUUGAGAAUUAGGAUUUAAGGUCUGUAAAGUUAGGGUCUAGGACUAUAUAGUGAUCAAGUAUCUCGGUUAAGAAAUAUCUGAAUUUAUUUACAAAUUAAAAAAUAAUCAUUAUCUGAGGAUAAAACCAAGCAUUAAAAGUGAUAGAUUGAUGCAUAUUAUAUAAAAUAAGUAACUUACUGUAUUAGUUCAGAAAACUUGACACAAUAUCUUACAUCGAGACUUGCACACCUCCAUUGAAGACAUGCGUCCAAAUGAGAUAAUUGACUAUUAUAAGUUCGUAUGUUAGAUCUUGGGAAAUUUCAACAUAUUUUUAUGAUAAGUUUGGUCAAGAGAGUCAAUAUUUCUGGAUUGACUGAAUGAAUUUUUAAUUCAGAU